AUGGCUACCAAAACAGAUGGGGACAGUCCAAGUGCCAUUUAUCACAGACAGCGGAGUAAUAGUGAUCCCCAACCUGCGGUGGAAGUUCUGAGUACACAUACUCUUAAUACAGAGAAAGUUGGUGCAAAGUGGAAAGAUUCCAAAAGACAGUAUGAUCAAUGGAGUUUUACACUAUUUUCCAGAAAAGUAAUCCACAAAGAUGUACGUAGAAAUGGUGAAAUGAAGUCAGGAUCUUUAGGAGCCAACACUCCUCCCCCAGAAAGAAAAAGCAAAUUUGCUGCUUUAGGAAAAAUAUUUAAACCUUGGAAAUGGAAGCGGAAGAAAAAAAGUGAAAAAAUUGAAAAAACUGUUGUUGAAAUAGAGCGUAAGAUUUCUAUGCGAACCAGUAGAGAAGAAUUAAUACGUAAAGGAGUAUUAAAGGAACAGGAUGAUAGCCAGCAAAAUCAUUUACCAAAGAUAGAAAGUGUAGAGGAAUCUGCAGAAGAAAAACUGGACGAAGCAGGUGCAAAUGUGUCAUGCAGCACACACAUAGAGGCCCAACCCACACCUAACCCAGUUACAUUAUCCAGUGUUGUUGCCAUGACCACUGCAGAUGACAGCCUCACUGUGUCAGCAAGCACACCAGCUACAGAAGCGAUGACAAUGUUUUCAUCAUUUCAAACACCUACAAUGACAACUGUGGCUGAUAUUUCACCUCACCCCUCUACUAGUAUUAAUACCUCCACUUCCACAGUAACGUCAACACAAUCACGACCAGUGAUAGUACCUCCCGUUGUACCUCCUGUAAUGCCACCGCCUCCACUGGAGAUUCCUCCACAGACGAUAACUUUAUCUUCAGCACUACCGCCACCUCAAGUCACAACUGACAGUGUUCAGUUGGAGAAAGGUGCUGUGCAGUUCAGUGAUAGUGUUCACCAAAUUGACACAGGUGAUGAUAAUGAAGAUGAACCUGCUACAAAAAGCCUGUUUGAGGCAAUCCCAGCAUCAGAACCUGAUCUCAGAAAGCUUCCCAAAAAGAGUGCUCUCAAGAUGAAGAAUGGCGAGGCCUCCCCCAUACCAACAAGCACUGCAUCGAUCUCUGACCUGCCCACAUCUAGUCUGAAGCGACCUGUUGAAACAGUUGCCAUGAUGCAUCCUGCUGUUGUGCAGACCACUCCAAGGAGUUCUCCACAGCUGACACCCAAUGGCAGAUUAAUAGCUCGGCCCCGGGUGACAGUCAGGCAGCAGGUUGACCAGAACAAAGAAAAUGUGGGGGUGGAGAGAGCGGAGACUGAGCCUCACAGCUACUCUACGGGUGACUCGGAUUCUUCUGAUGACGAUGAGAUCAAGUACCGUGACGAUGACGAUGACGUCAACUUAAGCAGUUUAGCAGCAAAGGUUGCCAGACAGGACAGUCUUGCCAGGUUCCUGAGCAAUCGUCCUAGUCGAAAUGAGUUGGUGGAAAAAAAUAUCAUUCUGGAGAAAUCAGAUGUUCAGAAGCUGACUGACAGAGUAGCUAUUGGGUCAAAACUAACCAGGCGGUUAAGUUUACGACCAACUUUAGAAGAUCUUGAACAAAGAAAUAUUAUUCAUCAUCAGACAGAUUAUGAAAAGGAAAUGGAGAAAGAGGAAAAGAAAAGAUUUUUGAUAAGAAAGUUGAGUUUCCGUCCAAGCAUUGAAGAGCUCCGGGAACGAAAGAUUAUAAAGUUUAAUGAUUAUGUUGAGUUGACAGAUGCUGAAGUAUAUGACAGACGUGCAGAUAAGCCUUGGACAAGACUUACUCCAAAGGACAAGGCUGCCAUAAGAAAAGAACUUAAUGAAUUCAAAAGUAAGGAAAUGGAAGUUCACGAAGACAGUAAACACUUAACAAGGUUUCAUCGGCCUUGAUCUAUGCAGAACAUACCUUAACAAUGAUGAGUGAGAGUCGCACUUGGUCCUCAUGUCCUCCUGCUGGUUUGUGCUGUAACAAGGGAAUGUUUACUGACACUCUCAUGGACAAGAGGCAGAGGACUUGCACACCCAGACUGGGCUUCAUGUAUCUGGCUUAAAGCUGGCCAACAUGAGUUAUUGGCUUGUUCUCAUGAUAAAACUACCUGCAGUUUGCUCAGAUUUCCUCUGGUGCUGUGCCAUUCUUUGCAAUGUGAAACAGAGUGCUGGGACAAUUGGUCCAACCAUACCACCACAACAGGGUUCCAGCCUAAUCUAUAGAAUAUGUAAGACCAAUCAUACAGUGUUUUCUUUUGCAUAUUCUUAGGGCAGGACCCUAAGAGGAGAAUUUUAAUAGAACACCCCUUGGCCUAAAGGAAACAAAUUAAAUGUUUUAAAUGUUGAAGCAAUAUUGUCCUUACAAUUCAUGUUGGUUAAUACAUCAUGCUGUAGACGCUUUGUCUUACAGCUGAUUUUCUAACUAUACUGACUAGAUCAGUAGAUUUACCUUGUGAUUAUUGUGAUAAUCAAGUUGUCAUUAUUAUAUGUGGGGGGUAUUUGAUAUUUAUUAUAUGGGGAAUGGACUUGCUGACUGGUACAUAAAUAGAGGAUAAUAAACGAAUUACCAGUUACUAUCAAAUUUAUGUCCUGAGUGAAAUAAUUUUCACUUGUCACAAGCUUUAGCGAGUGACAAGGGUAAAUUAUUUCAUGAGGGAUAUACAUUUUAUAGUAACUGGUAACUUGUAUAUAAUAACUGUUACCAAAUUUGUUAUUCUAUUUAUUACCCCAGCUAAAAACAUUUUUCUAAAAGCCUUUAUUUUCAAUAUACAUACUUGUACACGUAGGCCUAUGUAGAAACAACGUAAACCACUUUACACACUAUUGUGAGUAUUGCUUUAACAUAUUUUAAUCACUUCCACUUCUAAUAUUCUGCUGAAUUUAAAAAAAAAUUAUUACAAGUUUAAAACUAAAAACAAAAAGUCAUAAACACAAACUCUCUAAACUACAUGAUGUCAUUUUGUGUGUUUGUCAAAUCGUGAUGACAUCAUAUUUAAUACUGACAGGGUCAUUGGUUUGUAGCUGUCAAAUUGUCCAAUAGUAGUGCACGUUACACCAAUGCAGAAUAUUUCUCACUGAGAAAAUAUGAAAAAUAUGAGUGACCGCUGGGGUAAUAAUUGGUUUUAUUAAUGAUUGUCUGUCAUGUAUAUCAGUGUAUUUUAUUUUAGUUGGCCAGGUUAUAAAGCAACUUGUUCACAGUUAUUUAUGUUUCAAAGUAUUUGUAUAUAUGAGAAAAAUGUAUUACAUGAAAAUAUAAAAAUUUCAUUUAAGAAAGUAACUACUGAUUUCAGAAUAGGUGUGUGCCUAACUACUGUCUAAAACACAACCAUGUACCAUAAAGCCAUCACACUGACACAGCACUUCACCAAGUAUUGGUUGAGUUCAAACUCAUAAGGCUUUCACACUGAUGUGACACUUCACCAAGUAUUGGUUGAGUUCAAACUCAUAAGGCUUUCACACUGAUGUGACACUUCAUCAAAGUACUGGUCGAGUUCAUAUUCAUAAAACCUUCAUACUGAUGUGACACUUCAACAAAUUGUUGGCGAGUUCAAACUCAUAAAGUUUUUAAGCUGAUGUGACACAUCACUAAUUUCUUUGUCAAGUUCAAACUCAUAAAGUUUUUAAGCUGAUGUGACACAUCACUAAUUUCUUUGUCAAGUUCAAACUCAAAGUUUUUAAGCUGAUGUGACACAUCACUAAUUUGUUUGUCAGGUUCAAAUUCAUAAAGCAUUUCACACUACCGUGACACUUCACCAUGUUGACCGAGUUCAAACUCAAAACCCAUUAUUUUCUUUGUUACAAAUAACUGCAUUUGGCUGGGGGAUAUUAGAAUUUGUAGACACUAACAUUAACAUACAUGUAGUAUGAACAAAAUAUCUAUAAAUUAAUUGCAUGUCCACCUUUGUCUUAGAAUAAUCUGUACUAUACCUUAUUACUUGGGGAGAUUUGUGUUAAAAAUCUGUUUUCAUCUUUAAACUAUUUUGAUUUGUUCAUUGAUAGCCCUUUGAUAUUUUCACACAAUCUUCCCUUUAUGUAUAAAAAAACCUACAAAAAACAAAGUUUGAUAACUUUGAUUAGGAUUUUUUUUUUUUUUAAAUGGAUCUUUUGAAUGUUCAGAGUUUUCUGUUACAUUUUCUGUGGUUGGUUUCAAAGUGCUAAGUAUUGUGUCUGCGGUAUAAUGCAACAAACCUAACAUAAACAAACAGAUAUUUAAGUUAAAAUGGCCACAAAACCUCCAUAAUGGCAAAUUGACUUUUAAACUAUUAUAAAAUUAUUUGUUUGUUCUAUUUUUGUCUCAUCUUGAUGAAGCUGAAAAUCGAGAUACAAUGAUGGCAUCAACUUUUAUGUUUAACUAAAUGCUAACUUUUUGUGUUUAGCUCCAUUUCUCACAAACUAUGAGUCUUAGCUCAAUGAAACUUUAUUCUGGCACCACCAGGUUUUGUUCUUGAUUAAUGUUUACAAAUAGUCAAUUAAGCUACAUUUGUAAUUCAUUUAAUUUUAAAUAGAUUAAUUAUGAAUUUAUGUCACCAUUUUAAAGUAAAGAAAAAAUUAAUUCAGUUGUUACUUUUUAAAUGUUUAAUGUGCAUUAAGCUGACUGACAGUACAGGUGCAUGUGCAGGAAAUUGUGAGGAUCUCCACAGUGUUAAGCAGGGCAGGUUCAGGUCAUGUGCCCCCUGAAAAUAUAUUAACAAAAGAAAAUUCACUUGGAGCAGGGGGGGUUCAGUAAAUUCCAUGGAAUUCUUAUUACAUAUAUAUACUUUUAGUAUGUUUGUUUUGUCAUAUGCUGGUCCCCCAUCUGGGAUUAAGCACUAAAAUAUCCUAACCCAAUGAGGACCCAGCAGAAAAACUGCAUCCUGGCAUAGCACAGCUGGGUGGUUGGACAUCCUGUGUUCUCUUACCUACACAGUCGCUACCAAAAUGUGGUUUUUUGAUCAGACUUGUUCUUCAGUAUAAUGACUAUUACAGAUCACAAAAUAUGUUAACAUACUUCAUGAUUUGAAAUAAAUAUUUAGGACAGGUACUUUCAAAAUGUCAGGCAAGGAGCAAUAUUUAAUUGAACAAAAAGUUAAGUGUUGUCAGUAUAAUUCAUUGCCAAGAGUUUCUCUUCCGGGUUCAUUUUAAGAGUGUAAAGCUUAUUUAUUUUAUGUUUUUGUCCAACUUAUUACUACAGCAGAAAAGAGGAAUGAUAUUUGUCCAGUCAAGUAAAUUUUGUAAACUUAUAAAUGUAUUUAAAGUUAACAAUCAUGAGUUUCGAUAGGCUGUUAUUUAUAUUUCACCACUUGGCACAAGACUGUGAAAAUGUUUUAGAGUUAAGGUUGGCCCUGUUCACAUUUUAAAAUUAGUUUACGUUAUUGUAGAUGGAAAAAGGAUAGCACAGUUAUAUUUGAGAUUAAAUAAAUAGUAUAGCGACCCCAUGCCCCCGCCAAAACAUUUAAAAAUAAAAAUGAACCAAAAAUAAAAACCCAAAACUCUCUAUUUUCAAUAAUUCUUGCAAGCUGUGCUUUGGCCUAUUUCAGAGCCAAUUUUUAUAUCAAGAUAGUUACAAACAUUUAUUAAAAUUACUGUAUAAAAUAUUUUCAUACAUGUUCUAACUUUUGGUUACUUAUUUGUAGAAAUAUAUUUUUCUUCUUACACUCAAAAUAAUCAGGGAAUAUGAAUUGUUUUUAAAUUCUGAAGGGGAAGGCAGGGACUAAAUGCACGGAAAACCAUCCUACUAAGUUUAAUACCUACAGCAAAGAAUUUAUUUAUCCCAUGGAUAUUAAAUAUUGCAGUUAUAGAAUGUACAUGUACAUGUAUUUUAUGCUGUAUUUUUAUAACUCUGAAUAAUAAUUUUUAGACCCUAUCACCUCAAUCCAUCAAACCAGUAAAUAAAUAAAUAAAUAAAUAAAUAAACCAAUAGUAUUAAUAAUAAAUAUAAAAUAAUUACACACACACACAAGCACAAACAAAUAAUGUAGGUCACAUGUUAUAUGCAUUUAUUACUUGUGUGGGUAAUAUUUUUUCGAUCUCUUCACAGGAAGGGACGUAGCCCAGUUGUAAAGCGCUUGCUUGAUGCAUGGUCGGUUUUUGGAUCAAUCCCCAUCGGUGGGCCCAUCAGGCUAUUUCUCAUUCC